CGCGCGCUAGCAUGGUGUGCAGCGUGGAUUGAUCGCGAGGGGCGGUGCUAAGGUUUUAUUUUCGGAUUCGACGGCUGAAGGCCCUUCUCAUCAGACAUGUGUGCAGCAGUGUCAGCCCAGGAGAUGCUGCAGGCUGCUAUUCAAACAAAGGUGGUCCCAAAUCAGGAGUACCUGCUGCAGGGUAGUGUUCUAGACAGCGCCAAAGAUGUGCUGAUCCACCGCCUGCGCGGUCUAGCCGACAACGUGGACGAGCAGGUGGAGACGUUCCACGACCGCGAGAGGUGCUCACCCUGGGCCCAGGUCAGUCCGGGCGGUCAGUCGCUGACGCUGUACGUCAGGCAGGCCGUCGACCAUCCGGACGUGCCUUGGACCAUGCGCUACAUCGGCCAGCCCGAAGUGGGUGACAAGAGCCGCCCGACCGUGCUGCGAAACAGCAUCGAUGUUGGCUGCACCCCGAACGUGCUGGAGUUCCUCUCGGAGAUGGGCUUCAAGCAGGAGUACGAGUACAUGAGCAAAGGCUUCAUGUUUCGCAAGGGACGUAUGAAGAUUCUGGUCUACAAGAUAUACAAAGUGAGCACUAACAGUCGUCGGGAGAGCUGGGAGCCGGUCGGUAUGUCGCACCUGGUCGAGCUGAGCGUGCUGGCGCCGCAGGGCCACGACGCGUCCGCAGAGGAUGUUGCGCAACUUCGCGAGCAGCUCAAGCCGCUGGUGCAGCUGGAGAAGACCGACUACCACCGCCGGCUGUGA